CCUCCAAACCCUUCACUCUUUCUCGAAGAAACUCGAGGACCAUGCAGACAGAUUCAUCACCCUCUCUCCCUCCAAGAGAACCAAGAAACGCCCCCGCCCACCCACUCUCUCUCUCUCCUAGUAAAAAGCAUUUGCAAACUCUGCCGUCAAUGAUUUAGUGCCGGCGAACAGAAAUCGGCAAGAUCGACGACCCGAACAAGCGCCGCAUGAUGUUCUGGAGGAGGUGCCUCUUCAAAAAGGCGUCCAACCUCUGCGAACUCACCGGCGCUCGCGCCGCAGUCAUUGUCUUCUCCACCAAGAGUGAGGUGCACUCUUUCGGCGAUCCCUCGGUCAAAGAGAUAAUCUCUGAAUACCUCCGUCGCAAGGGUGACGUGAUGCCACCGAAGGGUCCGAGAGAGUGGCUGGACUGGGUUGAGAAAAAGUGUGAUUCUUGUGCGACACAGGAGGACUUCAAGUCCCUUAUCGUGACCGUUCUCGAUUGGGUGUGCAAGCAAUUGAAGGAUUUGGAGGACAAGCCAUCGGUUAAGGCCGGCGUCGAUGAUGAUUCUGGAGUUGGAGUUGGUCGUUCUUCUAAAGUUUCGAACAAUGACAAGAUCGAUUCACUUAAAAAGAAUUUUGAAGCUUCUCUUCCUUCACUUUUUGCUUUCGAUAAGGACUAUGCCCGUGAUGUUGAUUGCGACAGUUUCUUGAUUUCGCCGGUCGGCUCGGCCGCGAGCAGUGGAAGUUUGGGAGUGGAGUCCACCCCGAUGUGCUCCGAUCAUGAGGGUUGUGGGUUCGAUCCUGACAACUUUCUUAAUCUCCCCAAGGACCGCAACGGUUUCUUGAUUUUGCCAUAGGACUUGGCCAUCGGCGAUGGAAGCUCAGGAAAGGAAUCCGCGCGUUCCGAUCUUGAGGGCUCUGGAAAUAAUGAGGACGACAUCUUUGCACUUGAAGAUUUGGACGUGCCUCUUGUGAUAUAAA